AUGAACGAAAAAACCGAGAUCCAAACAGAGGGUCAACCUCCUUACCCACCUCCAGCAGCAGUACCAACAGGAGGACCAGCAGGAGCAGCCGGAAAAGAGGGCAAAGUUGGUAACGUGGAGAUUGAAGAGCAGGUCCACCAUGAACAUGUCGAAGAAAUCUCGCCAGAACUCGAGGCCCUCCUCCAGACAGAUCCACUCCAAGGCCUUUCAGACGACGAGGUAGCAAGGCGCCGUGAGACUUUUGGCAGUAAUGAGUUGAUCGAGAAGAAGCGCCAUCCUCUCCUCAAAUUCCUGGGAUACUUCACCGGUGCUAUUGCCUAUCUUAUUGAGAUUGCUGUCAUUUGCGCUGCCGUCGUCGGUGACUGGGCGGAUUUUGGUAUUAUUCUGGCCUUACUGUUCAUUAACGCGACAAUCGGAUUCGUCGAGGAGGCCAAGGCCGAGUCUGCGCUGGAUGCUCUCAAACAGACCCUUGCUCUCAAGACUCGCUGCUGGCGUAACGGACACUUGGUUGAGCUGGAUACUUCCGAGCUGGUUCCUGGUGAUGUGAUUGUCCUUCGUCUGGGAGACAUUAUUCCCGCUGAUGGUCGUCUUCUUGGUAUCGGCGCUACCGGUGAGGCCACCGAGGGUGACCUCCAGGUCGAUCAGUCUGCCUUGACCGGAGAGUCCUUACCUCUGUCCAAGAACAAGGGUGCCACGGUCUACUCGUCCUCGAUUGUCAAGCAAGGUCAACAGAUGGCUGUCGUCACCAAGACCGGAGGCGAUACAUUCAUCGGUCGUGCUGCUGGUCUGAUGGCCGUCGCUACCGAGGAGGGUCACUUCCAAAAGAUCAUCAACCGUAUCGGCAACUUUUUGAUUCUCAUUACCGUCGUCCUGGUCGUCAUCAUUCUCAUCUACCUCUUGGUCGUCAACCGCGGCACUCCCGAGGGUGCCUUCAAGAAGGUUCUUGAGCAGGUUCUCGUCUUGACCAUUGCUGCCAUUCCCGUCGGUCUUCCCACUGUCAUGUCCGUCACCAUGGCCAUGGGUGCCAAGGAACUCGCCCUCCGCAAGGUUAUCGUCAAGCGUCUGACAGCCGUCGAAGAGAUGGCUUCUGUUUCUGUUCUCUGCUCCGACAAAACCGGUACUCUGACCCUCAACGAAUUGACCUUUGACGAACCCUACCUGACCAACAACUACACCUCGGAAGAUAUCCUCCUGUACUCGUACCUCGCGGCUGAACCCGGCGCAAACGAUCCCAUUGAAUUCGCUGUCCGUACGGCCGCCGAGGAGCAACUCGAGAUCCUUAAGAACCGUACCCACAAGCACGAUGUCCCCGGCUACAAGGUCACCUCCUUCUUGCCCUUCAACCCUUCCACUAAGAUGACCCAGGCCACUGUCAUGGACUUGAACUCUCGGGAAUCUUUCAAGGUCGCUAAGGGUGCCCCCCAGGUUAUUAUCCGUCUUGUCGGCGGCGACGAUGAUGCCGCCCGUGCUGUCAACGCUCUUGCCAAGCGUGGUCUCCGUGCCCUCGGUGUCGCCCGUACCAAGCAUGGUUCUCUCGAGGAAUACGAGCUCGUUGGAAUGAUCUCUUUGAUUGACCCCCCUCGCCCUGAUUCUGGAGAGACCAUCCGCCGCUGCAAUGAUAUGGGAGUUGAUGUCAAGAUGAUCACCGGAGACCAGCAGAUUAUCGCCAAGGAGGUAGCUCACCGUCUCGGUAUGGGUCGUGUCAUUCUGGAUGCCGGACACUUGGUCGAUGCUGACAAGUCGGAUGAGGAGAUUACUGAGCACUGUAUCCGCGCCGAUGGCUUCGCUCAGGUCAUUCCCGAACACAAGUACCGUGUCGUCGAACUGCUCCAGAACCGUGGUAUCCUCGUCGGUAUGACUGGUGAUGGUGUCAACGACGCCCCCGCUCUUAAGAAGGCCAACGUCGGUAUUGCUGUCCACGGAUGCACGGAUGCUGCCCGCUCUGCGGCCGAUAUAGUCUUACUCGCCCCCGGUCUGUCGACCAUUGUCGAUGGUUUGAUGACCUCCCGUGCUAUCUUCCAGCGUAUGCGAUCCUAUGCCCUUUACCGUAUUACGUCGACUGUCCACUUUUUGAUGUUCUUCUUCUGCAUCACCAUGGCGCUCCAGUGGCACAUGAAGCCCAUCCUGCUGAUUCUCAUCUGUAUCCUGAACGAUGCCGCCACGCUGGUCAUUUCCGUCGACAACGCCAAGAUCUCGGCCCACCCCGACAAAUGGAGAAUUGGUCAAUUGAUCUUCCUAUCCAUCAUCCUGGGUGCCCUCUUGACCGCCCUGUCCUUUGCUCAUUUCUUUAUCGCAAGAGAUGUCUUCAAGGUCUCGGAACUCCAGCUCGAGGCCAUCAUGUACCUCCACAUCUCCUCUGCUCCUCAUUUCGUCAUCUUCUCGACCCGUCUCUCUGGCUUCUUUUGGGAGAACAUGCCCUCGCCCAUCUUCUUUAUCGCAGUCAUGGGCACUCAAGUCUUUGCCAUGUUGAUCUGUGUGUACGGAGUCAUUGUCGGCGAGGCCAUCGGAUGGGUCUGGGGCAUUGUUGUCAUUGCGAUUUCGCUGGCCUAUUUCGUCUUUCUCGACUGUGUUAAGGUUUUCAUCUUCCGUCACUGGAAUUUUGAGUUCACCGCCCAUGCCUGGCCUACUAAGGCUCGCAGGGAAAAGUUGGCGGCCCGCAAGAUCCGUGCUAUUCAACAGGAGCGUGUCUGGAACUCGAUCGACCAUCUUCGUCAGCUUGGACUCAAGCUCAAGGCUCUUGAGGCCAUGCGCGCCUAA